AUGAAGUACGCAAGAAAAAAGGGGUGGGAUGACCCACUCUCAGAGGAAAUUUUAAAAAUUGGACGAAACACGUCAAGACGUUUCCAUACCUUUGUGGCUAACAGGUUGGGCAUCAUCCACAGAGUAUCGUCCCCUCAGCAGUGGCGCCAUGUGAGCUCUGAAGACAAUCCAGCUGAUGAUGCCAGCAGAGGCUUAUCUGCACAAAGACUGCUAAUGAGUAGAAGGUGGAAAAUUGGGCCCAGCUUCUUAGACCUGCCCGAGGACUCCUGGCCACCUGUGCCAAGUGACAAUGAUAACCUAGGUGAGGAUCCAGAAGUAAAAAGGGAGAGCACAGUCAUGAUGCUAAAAGAGAAAGAACCCAAUGGGGUUGAUGAGCUCCUUGCACGGUACUCAUCUUGGUAUGCUCUACAAAGAGCGGUAGCUUGGCUCCGUCGAUUCUCAGCAUGGAUAAAGGAAGGUCGCCCUAGGCUGGAAAAAUCCGAAAUCAAAGUGACAGAAUUGCAGUCAGCCCGAACAGCCAUCAUCAAGUACGUACAAAGGGUUCAUUUCCGGGAUGAUAUUGAAACACUUUGUAAUGGAAAACUUACUAAGAAAAGCAGACUCUACCGGCUUGAGCCAAUGCUUGAUGACCAAUGUGUGAUCCGAGUUGGAGGUCGCCAGCUGAGUGAAUAUAGUGAUUAUAGUGCAAGACCCAUCCUCCUUCCUAAAGAUCACCCUGUAACAGCUCUAAUUGUUCGAGAUGUACACAUAUUUGUUGCAAGGCACUCAGGAAGGGAACAUACCUUGGCCAACUUGAGAAGACAUUACUGGAUAGUGGCAGGUCGGCCUUUGAUUGAUCGCAUCCUGAGGACCUGCUUCACUUGUCGCCGAGUUAAUAGCAAACCACUAACGCAACGACAGGGCGAAUUGCCUUUGGAAAGAAUAUCAGCUAAUAGUCCUCCUUUCACCAACACUGGAGUAGACUGCUUUGGCCCAUUUAACGUGACGUACAUGAGGAGAACUGUAAAGCGUUUUGGAUGUGUCUUUACCUGCCUCAGUUCCAGAGCUGUACAUCUUGAAUUACUGCAUUCCCUUGAUACAGAUGAAUUCAUCAAUGCCCUCAUGCGAUUCAUAACGAGGCGGGGCACUCCCAAAAAGAUCUUCUCUGACAGAGGAUCCAACUUUCAGAGAGCCAACAAGGACAUCUGUGCCAAGGCACGCAGCUGGGCUUCUGAUGAUAAGAUACACAAAGCGUUACACAGGAGAGACAUCGAGUGGGUUUUCCAUCCUCCCAUGGCCUCCCACAUGGGUGGUGUAUGGGAACGACAAAUUAGGUCUAUAAGGAAAAUCUUAGCCUCUAUUAUUGGUAUGCAAAGGAUCGAUGAUAGCAGGUUACACACACUGUUCUGUGAAGUCGAAGCCACACUCAACAGUCGUCCACUAACUGCUGCGCCGGGUGACGCCUCUGAUCCUGAGGCUCUUACACCAGAUCAUAUACUUCGGCUAGGAAAAGACUUCCGUUUACCUAAGGAUGACGUUUCUCAG